GGUUCAAAUUACUAGUCUGAGUGAACGAACAACAAAACAUGUUGGAGUGCACCAGGUUGAGCUGUUGACUAGCAACAGCCACCUGCAGUCACCUCGACUAUUCGAUUCGACUGACUGCUAUAUGAUUCCCGUCGUGUCACCGGCCGACAACCCAGAAAGAUGCCGCAGAAAGCACUGGGAUCCGUUGUAGGUCUGCUUUAUACCGGGACCUGUCUGGUGCAGGCAAAAGAGUUCUGUUUUGGUGUCAAUAAUGAACAAUACCGAUGUGAGAUGGGUUACUGCUGUGGGGAGACCGAGUGUUGCACCUACUACUAUGAACUAUGGUGGUUCUGGUUAGUAUGGACUGUGUUCAUCAUGCUGAGUUGCUGCUGUGCCUACCGUCACCGCAGGGUUAAGAUGCGAUUGCAACAGGAGCAACGGCAACGUGAGAUCAGCCUCAUGGCCUACCAAGGAGCCUCCAGCUCCUUCAUUUCCCCUCCACCACUCAACCUAAGGCUCUGGAACGACUGCAAACUACCUGACUAUGAAGAGGUUGUAGGCCACCCGCCAACACCACCUCCUCCUUACUCUGAAAACCCUCCCGAGACUGCUCCAGUGCUCCUUUCACAAAUGUACCAGCAAGAUGCUGCAUCCGUGCCACAACCUGUGGCGGCGGCGGUGGUGGCAGACCCAAACUGUCAGGCAUCAGGCUCAUCAUCAGAACAUGGAGCGGUGUCAAUGCCGGUCCAAGUGCAGCAUCAUGAAGAGGAGGGUGUGGAAGCUUCAUUGAUGGCGGCAGAGGGGGACGAGGAGGAGGAGGAGCUUAACACUCGACGUCGGCAUGUGACCGGCGACUCAGGGAUUGAGGUGUGUGUUUGCCAGCUUGACAUAGACGAAGGCUCGGGCCUCGAAGAGGAAAGCGAUGAGGAACAAAAGAUGUGCAGGGUCACCGGUGGUGACUACUGCUCCAGGCAUCAGCAGCAAACCUUCAGACAGAAGGAGUGCUCCCCCGAGCAGCCCAGCCAGACCGCCAGCACCAGCACUGGGGACCACAUGGUGUGAUCCACGGCAUAAAGCAGUCAGCCAUUCAGUGUGGCUUUCUACUUCACACAUGCAGAUAUUACAUAGCUGUUGCCUUCACCAUCAGCAUAUGCACUGUCUGUGUUAAUAAUUCUUUGAACCGACACAUAGGCAUGAUACAUGUUACAAUGAUGACGAUGACUAAUCUUAUGGCUCCUGAAAAAAGUUUGGGAUUAAUGCUGAUGCACCAUUUGGUAUGUUUUUUUAAAUCUUAAUGGUAGGGGGGAGAAUGUGGCUGGGUUGUGAGAGGGCAGCAUUUGAUUGUGACCGUUUUCUCUUGCUCCUAUCGUAUAUUUGAGCACUGCCAUCAUGCCUCCAUGCCACCUUACAUCUGCCAUUUUGCCUCCAGCGGUCAUUAAGGAGCAUACCAACAUGGUCAGCAGCAUUUCUUGCCCCUCUAUCACUAAGCAGAGGAGUCAAAAAUAACCUCCUUGAUGACCUGGGGUGAUACUGGAUUAAUUGAUAAGAGUGUACAUUUAUUCCCCCCCCUCUCCCCCCACAGGCGCUUGUGUGUGAGAGUUUGUGUGUGCCCGUGAAAUCUGGGGCACAGCUGCAUGGUGUUGUCAGCUCUGAGGUCGUGGCAACCAUCAUCUGGUGUCCUUUGGUCUGUGGGAUGUUGUGCAUCUAGAUUGGCGGAGAAAAACUAACCACCUACAAACUGCAGAGUCAGGGAAGUUUUUUUUGUUUUCGUUUCGUCUUUGGACUUAAAUCUAAUUCACCCCCACUAGCACUUUUUGAUUUUGAUAUCUGUACCUGUGGUCACCGAUUAGCAACAGGACCUAUGGUAAAGAGUGACCGCCUUUCAGUGAUUUAUUGAUUGUGUGCAUGUGGUCUCCCUUCUUUGGUACCUAACUGCAUUGAAAUGAUCGUAAUUGCCAAGAGGGAACCUAUUCCAAAUUUUUUUUUACAUCAAUAAAAAGCCAUGCGAUGGCCAUGUUAGUGAUGCGACAGAGUCAAUGUAUUGCUCAGUGUGUAGCUUGGCUGUUAUAAGGAAGGAUGUACAUUCUUUUCUGUUUUUCUUUUUUUCAUUUUGUAACCAGCUGUGCUUUAGCAAAAUGCCACAGAUGUCACUGUUAUUUGCAACAAGGCUCCUGACGGGCUGCAAGAGUGUGUUCUAGUGUGUGGGUGUUUUAGUGCAGUAGGGAGGGGGGUUUGUGUGUAUAUUUUGUGUUGUGCUGUUGUUCCUGGAUGAGACACUUGGCACAAAGGUAGAUUAACAAUUAAAGCACUGUUGUUUUUGCAUGACGCAUGUUAUUUGUGUGUUCAUAAUUGAGUUAAUUAGCUUUCUGUGCUUGUAUAAAAGUGAUUGGUGGAUGUUGACGUUGGCUCCAGAAAUCUGCAUACACAAGAUGGAGGAGCGACGUGGACUGAGAUUUAAGCUCCGAUGCUCGGGAUCCACUCUCUGAAUUGCGCCGUGCAGUGAUGGCAGCUUGUUAGCCGGUGCUUUCUUGGCACUCUCUGCUCUCUGAGUUGUUGAGAGGGAUUUGCAGUGGCAUUUUCCGCUGCCAGGAGAGAGCGGGUGCAUUAGAAAAUUGAGUUGGAUGCAGGUUAGGCCUACGAUGCAGGUUAGGCCUACGAUGCCUUGCAUGUUGCUUGCCCAGUAUACUGUAUAGUGUGUAUUCAUAGCAUAGCGAUUGAACUGGGUGCUCCUUGAUUGGAAAACAACCACAAAACUAUUAUUUGUUGCACGUGAAACGUCCAUGGAAGACAAAGAGUAACUCGUAAUGUAACGCUCCAUGGUGCAAUAAUCUCUGAUCAAUUAAUAGUCUAUUGGCUGAAUUUGCAAUUAUAAUAAUUGAUUCUGUAUGAAUUCAGCCAUUAGGUGUGCAUUUCCAGCAAGCAAAGGGAGGACUGAAUACCAACAUCUCAUGUUUGUUCGAUAUUUUUAUACAGGCAUUAAUAUGACUUCCAUGUCUCUAUAUUUACAAUAUUCUGACGAGGACAUGUUUAGGCAGUCACUGGCCUCUUAAGAAGAUAUAAUCUUGGGUUCUGCACAUAAAUGUGUGUCAUUUUGGGACACGUGUUGCUGAGUUGCAUAUUCCAAGUGUGUCCUCACUCCCACUGAGCAACAGCUCAAAGCUUUGGUCUGGUUGUGUCUCGUGUUUCGGCGUUCUACUGUGUGAGCUGAAAUGAUUUACUGCUGUGGCUGAAACAUGGUCAAAACUAUUCAAGAGGCUUUGUGUACCAAAUAUCUGCAUACAGACUGAAACUGAACUGCCUCAGGCCUUUGUUCCGUGUUCCCUGAGUAGACUCAGUCAGUCAAACAGUUACCUGUGCCGCCCUUAUGUUGCAUGGUUGAGUGGGUACAUGAAUAUGACGCCAUGCUGACAUGACAAUGGCCUUUCCAGAGGAGCUGUUACACCGAGCGUGACUGCACACAAAUCAUCUGGAGGAGGAAUUUAAGGCAUUCUUUUUACCACCACACAUCUUUUAGAGGGCAAAUGUCUCGAUUAUGGAGUUGCACAAUAAAAUAUAGCCUCCGUUUGUGGAUACAAGACGUGCUAAUGCCUUAUUAAAGAAGGACUUUUUUUUGAUGGAGAAUUCCUUUUGGUAUUUUGGUAUUUUGUGUUUGGUAUUGGCUUCAGAGAAGAGGAGUGCUCCCAUAACAACGGAACAAACAGAGCUUGUUCCGCAAACAUGCGCUCACUCAGUGUGAAAAGGAUGUGGUCUAUAAACAUCCUACCGCCAGGAGAUGUUGAGUCAAGUUCUACAUACAUUGAUUUUGUUCCUGAGGGGUCGGUUGUGUGUGAAUUUAGAAUGGCUUGCGUGUCUUCGUUAGUUGUGGCACUGGUGGAAUUUGUCAAGACCAGAUUGUUAGGUUUGUGCUCGCUCUUGUUUUUGUCCCAUGAAUCUGGUUGCAAUUAGUUUGUGAAAUGAACUGAAUCUCACGCAUGAAGACAAUAAGUUUAAAAGAAAAGAAAGAAAGACUCAUUUCAGUUUCUUAUGGUCUCUUUGUGAUUCAUCGCAUUUAUCCUAAUCCUAAGAGAUUGCUUUGUACCCUUCUAGUAAAGGAUGAGUUUUUCUUAUUUGUAUACAUUUAUAUGUCGAAGAAAUAACAAGGGUGGGGGUUCUUUUGCAUGAGUGAAGUGGAGGUCCAUAGUUUUCCCCUCAUUGCCAAACAACAACUAUGCCUCCCUAAUUUCCACAUGUUUACUAAGAACAAGGGCUAAACCAGUCAUCUUUUGUAGACUAAAGAAACCUCCAUCCAUUACAUGGAGCGGCUCAUCUGCUCUGAGAUCCUCUUAUUUGCAAUACGUGAACAUAGUCAGUUUUUGGAUCUCAUGGUAUGGUAUGGCAGAGCUGAUAUUUGACAGUAGCUGAUUGUACAUUACUAUGUGUUUGUUCUAACUUUGCCCUAUUCAGAGGUGCGUGAUGCAACAUCCUCUCAUUCUACUGGAGGUUUUUUUUUGCUUAGUUUUAUUGGAUCUUUGACCCUGACUUUCACCAGGCUCUCUCGGUAACACAGACUAUAGUCGACGCUGUAGCUGUUAGGUUUUUGGCAGCUGCACUGCGUCGCGUGUGGACCCCACGGAAAUGAGAGCCAUUCAUGCUGAAGUGUCGAUAGAAUAAUUGACCAAAUUCUAUGUCAUCGCCGCGCUACGCAAAUUGUUAUUGUGCGUGCGUGUGGGUGUUGAUAUGACGAUGGUCUGUUUGGUUUCUCACUCUCUCUCAGGGUCAUCUUUAACCAAGCAGUGCUUAAACAAAUGUUUGACCCACCAGUGUCAUCAAGCCAAAGUCAUUUUUUCCUCUUUAUUUUUUGCAACACACAUCUCUGUAGUGAAUUGUACUUUACUCGACUAGGCUAUGCAAAAAAACACCAUAAACCUACUGUAAUAUGCUGCGUCCCCUGUCUCAUUUUCCACUGUUGUUAAUCUGGGUACCAGUACAAGCAAUAUAACUCAGUACUUGUCACUGCACUGUACUGUAUUUUACUAUGGUUGGUCUGUGUACAUGUAAAAAUAUACUUGUAAAUGCUACUACAAUAAUGAGUCUGCUUCAGUGUUGGCUGAGUUGCUUUGAGUUUAAAAUUCUACUUUGUAUAUUAUUAUUUUUUUCCUUUUGGCUUUUUCUUGCCCGCCUCUUUAACCACUAACACUUUUCCCUGUGCGUAUGAAUAAACCACAUGAUUAAGUUGUUGGAAUCCGAAUGAAAAGUUGAACAUAAUUGUUUUUGUCGGACGUAUUUUUAUUGGAUAUCUUUGUUCCGUUUGAAACGUUUCCAUCCUUCACAUUUGUUGCUCUCAGUUAGAACGACUUCAUUUUUUUCUAGAUUACAGACCUCGACGUGGAACACAGUCGGCUUACAUUAGACCAGCACCAUCGACUCUGAUGUUGUAAAUGACAUGAGAUCAUAAAUAUCAGAGUGAGUGUGCAGAGGAGGAAGCAGGCGUUAACGAAUUUCUAUCAUUUCUAAUCUUUUUCCUAAUAACUUUAAAACAAGCCAAAAUGAGUAAGUAGAAAAAUAUAAAAAAUAAAAAUUAAAGCGCUGAAAUACAGAAAAAAAAUGCUUUUGUUUUAGUAAGAAGUCUGCAGUGUACUCUUUUGGUCAACAUUUGUAUUUUAUUUUUUUAAUAAAACAAACUGGCACUCAA